AAAAAAAAAAUCCCCUCCGAGGGAGGCGGCUGUGGCGGCUGGAACCCAAUCUCCGCCAUUCUCGCUGUGCAGCUCGGCGAUGGGUGUUCUGGGCGUUUGCUGGCCGUCUGAUGGCGGGGAUGGAGAGGGUCUCGCGUAGGGUUCGGAGGCAGUUGCUCUGCGCCGUGAGUUCCUCGCUGCCUUCUUCCCUUUUAUCUCCCGAGCCUUGACUGUGCAGAAGUGCAGAGAAAAAAGGCAUCUCUCACUUUGAUUUUCCCCCUUCUCUUCUCUGUGAUUUGUGCUUUGCGGUUGAGAGCCUGGACUCCAAUCGUGGCCUUGGCCUAAGCACUUGAUGCACGGAGGUCUCUUGUUGGUGCUCGGAGCUGCACUGCCGAGGUUCGCCCGCACUGCAGAGGUGGUGCGGCUGAGGUAUUGUAUCUUCGUCUUCCUCCAUCCGACGAUUCAACCGGGUGAUUGGAUUUCUGGGACUACAGCUCUUGCUGUGCCUUGCCUCACUCUUCAGCCCUUCCUGCAUACUCACUGUGAGUCUCUUUGCACUGAUCUGAUCAGAUAGAUACUUGAUACUGUAGCUCUGUGAUGACGAAUUCAUUGAAAUUAAGCUAGAGUUUGAGUACAAUAGAUGCAACCUGAUUCUCUGUAUGCAAUUUGUUUAAGCAGUGAUAAGAUCACAUGUUCUGAGUAGGGAAGUCUGAACUCUUGUGUGCUGAUUUAGAAUGAGAAUUAUGUCACUGCUUAUUACAUAGUAUUCCUGGUUCUGAGUAGCAAGUACUUACGAAUUCAGCAAAUUUUGGUGUCUUUCAGCACUUAGUUGCCUGGUCUAGAAUCCAGUGUAUGUUCUGUCCCUGGUGCAGAAAGAUUUUAAUCCUCUGGGAUUAGUUCUGUGAAGGUUCUGAAUUGACCAUGUUCUGAAUUCUAAGUUUCAGUAAAUAUCCUUUGGAGACCAUGUGCUGAAUUAUGGUUUUCUGUAGAGUUAUACUUGCUGUUAUAUGAUACUGGUAGAUCCAUGCCUUGCCCCAUUCAAGAUUGGGUCUCCGUGACCAAUCUAGACCCCAAGUUUCUCAAUGAUCUCUUCUCCGAAAAACUUGAGUGCGUCAGCGAUCGCGUGUAUGUUGUUGAAGAUGGCCUACUUAUCUCUCAGGCUUCAGCGAUGACGGCAACGAAGCUAUGGUGUAAGAAAGAACCGGAUGUGGUGAUGGACAUGGAUCUUACCAUGAACAAACAAGAGGCUGUUGCGCUGGUGAGAGCGGUGGUUACUUCAAAGACCGCACUGAGGAAUGUGUUCAAGAGCUGGAUGGAGGAAGCAUGCAAAGUCUCCUGAUCGCUCUUGC